UAUAAUCUUACUCUUGCCGGUCAUAUUGAAGCUGCAUGGAAAAAAGAUUUUAAAAAAUUAUGGCGAUUUCUAGCAACCAAAGAAACAACAAAUUCAGCACAGUACUAUACGGAUAUCCAAAAAUGGAUAUGUAGCUGCCCUGCCUAUUUAAUUAAUAGAUUUAUGUUGUGUAAACAUCUAAUUAGUAAAGCAGGUGGUAAUUCAAUUAAACUUACAUCUAUACAUCGAUAUACAAGAUAUCCAUUUGUUUAUAUCGAGCAUGUUAAUACUAAACCAUUAGAUUCUUCAACUAUUGAAUUAGAUAUUAGUUCAAAUUCUGACAAUAGUCAUAAUUUUUCUUUUUCACAUAUAUUUUCUGAUAUUAAUUCUGAAGACAAUGUGUUAGAUAGUUUUCAACCAAUGGUCAAUGACUUGAAAUAUUUAGUAACCGAUUUAGAAAAAGAAAUUGCUAAUGGUAACAAUCGACAUUUAAAAGUAGUACAACAUCAUAUACAAAAAACUCUUAAAAUCGCGAAAGAUAUUAAAGAAUAUC